AUGAGUGCGUACGCGCGAGAGGGUAGCCCGUAUGGGUUCGAUUCCUCCAGAAUGUCACCCACCGCCACAAGUCCUCGUGGAAAAACCUUUGUUGAAGGUUAUCGCAGCGAUAUAAUGAACGGUUUCGAGAAAGAACACAGACUUUACAACCCGAUGAAUCCUGAUCGACCACAAAGUUCUGCGCUCGUCGACCUCAAAGACCCUAUCCAAGUACAUCUUCUCACCGAAACCGCCCUUUCAGACAGCAAGGAAUAUGAAAUCUUGUCGCAAGAAGAAGUCGAUGAUCUGAAGAAGCAGAGCCAGUCCUUGUCUCAGCGUGUCGAGUCAACUCGACAAAACCUGACUAUCCAGUCCAAAUACCGAGAUGCAGCAAUUUCAAUGGCGAGAUUAUACAAUCCUGGAAAGUUGGAUGGCAAGCGAAGGAGCCUUCUGGGUCGCAACAGUGGUGACCACGCUCGCGCAAAAGAAGCCGAGGUUGAGAGGCAGGCGAGCGAGCGAAAAUGCGAGGAAUUAGCGGCAGAGCUCUUUAAUCUCGAGAAACGGCUCAUGGAGCCUCAACGACGUCUACUGGAACACACUGCCGGUAUUCUUCAACUCACACACAAAGCAUCGAAUAAGAAGAAGGAUACGACCCCUACACUUCAGCCAAUCAAUGGCAUGCCUGGAAGUCCAGAGAGCCUAUAUACGUAUACCCGCAACAGUAUGGACCGCGCAGGCGAUGAGAACUAUUUUCACGAUGAUACCUUCUACGAUCAAGCGAAAGGAAUGUCGACCAGAGGACCCCCUCAACGCCAGCAACCUAUCGAGAUACCGCUCAAAUCGCCAAUUCGAGAACAGCACAGCCAGCUGAAAGAUGAGAUGGAGAAGAUUAAGGAUGAGAACCUGCAUCUCAAGGGUCAGUCUGAUUCUUUGGUUACGUCGAUAACAGAGAUGGAAGCUCGGCUGGAGAAUCUGAACGGCUCAUUACGGGAUGCGAUUGUUCGCUUCAACCCCUCCAAAAAUGAGGAUUACUAUGACCCUCCGUUCGGCGUGCCAGGGAUGAAGCCAGGAGAACUUCUCAACAACCAGAUGGACUAUCUUGAGAUGGGUCUCAACGCCAUUGAGGUCGAACAAGAGUCUUCUGGCGAACAUGGCAAGGUUGACAGCUCUAUCGAUAAACGCAUCGAAUCACUAAACCAUCAGGUUCGAGAUCUAUUGAUGACAGUGGACCCCGAUUACCCAGCUGCACCUCAGUCCUCACAAGACGGUAUCGAGGCGAAACUCGACUAUCUCGAGGAUGCACUACGCGCCGCAGACUCGGAGCUAGAACGUGCUAUCCAAACUGCUAGAUCGGGCACGCCAGAGAAGCAGGACGAUGAGCAAGUGGAGCGAAUCCUUAUGAACCUCUGGAAUAUGAUGCAAACAGGCUUCAGCAAGAUCAAGAAGGAGAAAGAGGAACGACGAAGAGCCCGCAUGGAUAGAGGCUACGAAGACGAAGAAGUCUCUGACGACGAGUUCGAUAUCGACGAGGCAUUUAGUCUUCCUGGAUUCUCCAACCGGGUCCAAUGGCUAUACUCACAAGCCACUACACUUAAGGAUCAAAAGUCUGUACUCAAGCGACAGAUUAAACAGCAGCGAGAACUCAACAACAAGUCAGACGCCGAAAAGGACGAGGAAUUGGCGAGAAAGCAGGACGAGCUGGAUGAGACACAAGUCUUGUUGGCUCGAGCCGAGAGAGAUGCCAUGACUGCACAAACCAUGCUCUCUGAGGCGUUGGAAGAACUUGAAGGUUCCCGUAGCACUGCCAAUGUCGGUUCUUCAAGGGCUGAAUCCGAGGAAAGCACUAAGAAGGUCGCUGAGUUGGAGGCUGAGCUGAAGCGUCUGCAAAGUGAUCUGGCUGGCGCAGCGGGUGCGGCAGGCGCGGCACAUGCGCAAGUUGAAGACCGAGAAGGAAAGAUCAGCAGCCUGGAGAAGGAGCUCGACCAGGUCCGAUCUGAUCUUGCUGAUGCAACAACUGCCGCAGCCGCAGCGCGGUCUCAAAUCGACGACCGAGAGAGCAAAAUCACCGCUCUCGAGUCCGAGUUGGCCUACCUUGAGACAGCUCAGAGCGAGGUCGAAGAGCGCAACAAGAAGAUUGCUGUCCUCCAGGCUGAGCUUGAACAAGCUAAUGCUGCUCACGCUCAGAUUGAGGAGCGCGAUGCCAAGAUUGCCGCCCUUCAUACCGAGGCACAGGAAGCCAAUACUUUCAGGGAUCAGGUUGAGGUGCACACUGCUACCAUCGCCACUCUCAAGGCUGAGCUGGAGAAGACCAAUGAUGUUGAAGCUCGCCUUGAGGAGCGAAAUGCCAAGGUCGCUCGUCUCGAGGCUGAUAUGGAGUUGCUCCAAACAGACCUCGUGGGCGCUGCAGGUGCUGCAGGAGCCGCUCAAGCCCAGCUCGAGGAGCGAAACAACAAGAUCACGGCUCUUGAGGCUGAUGUCAAACAGCUUGAAGAGAGACUGGUCGCUGCCGAAUCUUCCACCAAUAAUACUCGUAACCAGUUGACUGGUGUCGAUUCAGUAAUUGAUGCUCUCAACGCGCAGCUCGAUGAAGUCAACCGAUCCAAGCAAAUGGCCGAGGAUAACGCCAGGUCCCUGCAACAACGAGUCGAUGGUCAGAAAGAGGAGUUGGUAGCCAAGAAGAAACAGCUCAAAGAGAAGGAGGAUGAGCUUGAACUUCUCAAUAUGAACUUUGUGGAGACAAAGACAGAGCUCACCAUUGCUCAGGCUGAACUAGAUGGUGCUUACGGGUCCCGUGCAGAGAGGGCUGCCGACGUGGCAGCGAUCAAGACCAGCGGCGAGGUGAUGAAGCUCCAGAACCAGCUCACAAGGCUCAAGAAUGAACUGGCUGGAACUGUUCAAGAACUCGAGGAUGUCACGAAGGAGACUCUUAGUGCUGAACGGGAGAAGAUCGAGCUUGAGAACAAGCUUCAAGAUGUUCAGGUUGUGAGAAGGCAGCUUGAAGGCGAAGUCACGUCGUUGCGCAAACAGCUUGAGGCAGACAUGGAGAAGGCUCGCGAGCAUAUCACUAAGCUUCAGGAAGACCUCGACAGCGAGCGUCUUAAGGCAAUCCCACCAAACGGCGGAGUCGGCAGAGGUGCUUCCAUGCUGAGCGAGCAAUUCAGAGCUACCAUGCGUGAGGAGAGAAAGAAGUUCCAGGAGAAUAUCAAGGAGGAGCGUGCUCGAACCCGCCAGCUUGAAGAAGAGCUUGCCAAAUUAAAGCGCAUUCAAACGCCGACCAAAGUACCUUCAAGUCCUCAAUGA